GUUAUCUCUCUUUUCUUUUAAGUCUUCUUUUGAGGCCAUGGUGUUUCUAUCACUGACUGACGAGGAAUUUACUAUGCUUUCAGCUAUAUUCUACGGCUCAUGUAAAAAAGCCUUCAUUCUUUGGUAUCUCUCAAAGAAGCUUUGACAAAGAUGUCCCGGGAUGGCACCCCUUCAAUGAUAUUUUUCGACGUCUUGGGCACAGUUGUGGAAUGGAGGUGUUGCAUCGCGAACGAACUGAAUGCCACAGCACGAAGGGCUCUGCAAAAUCAAGCUCGAGAUCUGGGUGCUGAUGUGCGAGCACGUGUCUCUGACAUGUCCACUUCGAGCUGGCAGGAGAUCGCUGAGGAGUGGCAUCGGUCAUAUAUGGACUUCGGAUACACUUACGACACAUCUAAGCCUUUUGUCUCAGUAGAUGAGUACAACCGCAUUGCUCUGGAAAAAAUUCUUAUCAAAUGGCUUCUCCGGGAUUUAUUUAACGAGGACGAUCUCAAAAAUUUGAAUCUCGCUUGGCAUCGACUUGACUCAUACUCUGACAGUGUGCUAGGCCUUUCGUUGCUGAACACUAAAUUUUUGACGUCUACAUUAUCCAAUGGUAAUGUAAAGCUCCUUGAAGACCUACAAGAACACAAUUCUUUGCCUUUCAAGCACAUCACCAGUGCAGAGCACUUCGGUGCGUACAAGCCGUCGCCAGAGGUCUAUCAUGGUGCUGCUCGCAGAUUCGGUUUGAGGAAUUCGAAAUGUUGUCUCGUCGCAGCCCAUCUUGAGGACUUGCAAGCCGCCAAAAACUGUGGAUUUCAGACAAUCUAUCUCGAGAGAGACUUGGAAGAAGCUUGGGAUAGUAGAGACGUCGCACGAGCCAGAGAAGAGGGGUUUGUCGAUCAUUGGGUCGAAGCUAGAGGCUCAGGUCUGAUUGAAGUUGCCCGAUAUUUUGGAAUAGAAAGUGGAUUUUGAAUGGAUUAUUAUCUAGUCGGACCCUGAAUAAAUAGAUCCAAACCCUUCGUCUGCUCGUUGCCUUUUCCCGGUAUGCAGGUUUUACGUGCUGGUUAACUUGAAACCAUUGCAGUACAUAUCAGUCAGAGAUUAU